AUUUUAUUUAUUUAAAUGUGAAUGCUAUUGAAAUUAUUUUAUUUGAUGAUCGAAUAAAUGAACUUAAAGAAAUUGGACGUAAAGUUCGUAUGUCAUUACAAUUAACUCCAAGUGAUUUACCAUGUAAAAGUUUCUUUGAAUAUGCAUGCAGUAAAAAUAAAACAGUAUAUCCGAUGAUUGGUCAAAAUUUGAAAAAUGGUGUUGUUAAACAUUUAGUUGAUGAACUAGCGGCAAGAAAUAAACAAUUUUCUGCUAAAACAAAAGCAUUAAAUUUUUUUCAAUCAUGUAAACACUAUAUGAAUAUCGACAUAUGUUAUGAACAAUUCUUUAAAUAUUUCAGAUCUUUAUUGGCAUAUGUUGCUUUAACAUCUCAAGUAACUGCAUAUGAUAAUAAUAUAUUUAAUACAGUUAAAUCAAGAUUUUUACAUGCAAUCGGAAAAGUUCCAUUAUUUACUGGAACAAAAGCAAAAUAUGAUAUUGAUCGUAAAUUUGAAAUAAUUGAAAAACGUAAAGAAUAUUUAAAUAUUGAUGUUAUGAAUUCUGAAUAUUCAAAAUUAUCGAUAAAUACAACUAAAGAAAAAACAUUUGAAAUUGUUGUUGCAAUCGGUUUAUAUUUACAUCAGAGUCAUGACAAACCAAUAUCAUAUUUUUAUCCUAGUUUUAAUGUUCAUCUAUGGAAAGAUUUAUAUUAUGAUGUUCUUAAUAAUGAAACCAUUUUAAAUGAUGUUAUUGAAUGUUUACAAUUACCAGAAUCUAUGUCAAUGGAAGAUAAAAGAACAGCAGCAUCAUAUUUUGAAGCAAUUGAAUCAUCAUGGAAUGAAUUUGCUGAAUGGUUAGAUGAAAGUGAUUUAACUGAUAAAGUUAAUGAUCAAGAGAAUUUACAUUUACGUGAAUAUAAUUUAAAUACAAAAAGAUUAUUUUUUAUUAUAUAUGCACAAAGUUUAUGUCAUCAUGGUAAAACAAUUGUAGAUAAUAUUUUAGUUGAGGGUUUAAAGCAUUCAAGUGAAUUUGCAUCAACAUUUUUUUGUUCAGAAGGAUCACCUAUGAAUCCGGAAGGAAAAUGUGAAACACCGAUAUAGAUAAGAGACUAUAAUAGAUUUUAAUAUUUAAUUUUAUUUGAAUAAUUUUUUUUAAUAUUUGCAUAAAAUUGUAUUAUCAAAAAUAAUAUACACACGAACAAACAAAAUAAUAUUAAGUUAAUCAGUUAUGUUAAUCUUUCUUAAGUUUAUCAAUUAAAUUUAAAUGCUAUAUUUAAA